AUGAGCUGCAUCAAAGCCCACUUUGAUGGAGAGGAUCAGAAGGGAGUUCACAGCUGCCCUCAAUGCAGGCAAAGCUUCAUACCCAGGCCUGUCCUGGAGAAAAACACCAUUUUGGCAUCUUUAGUGGAGCAACUGAAGAAGACUGGACUCCAGCCUGCUCCUGCUGAUCACUGCUAUGCUGGACCUGAAGAUGUGGCCUGUGAUGUCUGCUCUGGGAGAAAACUGAGAGCCAGCAAGUCCUGUUUGGUCUGUGUGGCCUCUUACUGUGAGGAGCACCUUCAGCCUCAUUAUGAGUCACCUCCAUUUAAGAAGCACAAGCUGGUGGAGCCCUCCAAGAAGCUCCAGGAAAACAUCUGCUCUUUCCAUGAUGAGGUGAAGAAGCUGUUCUGCCGCACUGAUCAGAAGUCCAUCUGUCUUGUCUGUGCGAUGGAGGAGCAUAAAGGCCACCACACAGUGUCAGCGGCAGCAGAAAGGACUGAGAGGCAGAGAGAGCUGAAGGGGAGGCGGCAACAAAUCCAGCAGAGAAUCCAGGACACACAGAAAGAUGUGAAGCUGCUCCAGCAGGAGGUGGAGGCCAUCGAUCAGUCUGCUGACAAAACAGUGGAGGACAGUGAGAAGAUGUUCACUGAGCUCAUCCGUCUCAUCAAGAAAAGACGCUCUGAUGUGGAGCAGCAGGUCAGAUCCCAGCAGCAAACUGCAGUGAGGGGAGUCAAAGAGCUUCAGCAGGAGCUGCAGCAGGAGAUCACUGAGCUGCAGAGGAAAGACGCUGAGCUGCAGCAGCUCUCACACACAGAGGACCACAUCCAAUCCCAGCAGCGAACUGCAGUGAGGGGAGUCAAAGAGCUUCAGCAGGAGCUGCAGCAGGAGAUCACUGAGCUGCAGAGGAAAGACGCUGAGCUGCAGCAGCUCUCACACACAGAGGACCACGUCCACUUCUCGUAUGGAUGGCGAUUCCAGACCUGA